GCGCGGGGCGGCCGGGGAUCGCUCGCCGGAGGCGGCCGAGGCCGUUCCGCGGAGAGCAAGCUGGAGAUGGUGGACCAUCUUGCAAACACUGAGAUCAACAGCCAGCGCAUUGCUGCUGUGGAAAACUGCUUUGGGGCUUCUGGACAGCCCUUGGCCGUGCCGGGAAGGGUCCUUCUAGGAGAAGGGAUUUUAACGAAAGAAUGCCGCAAGAAACCAAAGCCUCGCAUAUUCUUCCUUUUCAACGACAUCCUCGUCUACGGCAGCAUAGUCAUCAACAAAAGGAAGUACAAUUCCCAGCACAUCAUUCCCCUUGAAGAUGUCACUUUGGAAACGCUGCCAGACACCUUGCAGAUGAAGAACCGCUGGAUGAUUAAAACCUCCAAGAAGUCCUUUGUGGUUUCUGCAGCCUCCCUCACGGAGAGGAAGGAGUGGAUCAGCCAUCUGGAGGAGUGCAUCAGGCACCUGCUGACGAAGACGGGCCGGCAGCCCUCCACAGAGCAUGCAGCCCCCUGGAUCCCAGACAAGGCGACGGACAUCUGCAUGCGCUGCACACAGACCAAGUUCUCCACGCUCACCCGAAGGCACCACUGCCGCAAGUGCGGCUUUGUCGUCUGCGCAGACUGCUCCAGGCAGAGGUUCCUGAUGCCCCGGCUGUCCCCCAAGCCCUUGAGGGUCUGCAACCUGUGCUACAGGCAGCUGCUGGCAGAAAAGAAGAAGGAGGCGGAGGCAGAUCGCAGGCAGCUGGAGCCGAUCCGCUCUGCCAUCCCGGGCUACGAACCUUCCAGCGGCGAUGACAGCGACAAGUCUGACGAUGACAAAGCUGACCAGUGGCCAGCAGACACAGAGUUUUAUACCUCAGAAGUAUCCUGGUCAUCUUUCCACAGCUGACCUCCUUGGGAGUCGGUGGCAUUUAGACAUUGGGAAGCCAACUUCUGGCCUCCAAUGCAUAUCCUUCUUGAUGUUUUCUCUGGAGGCCAUGCCUAGGAAGGUGGAUCUUGGCCCCUGUGUGUGGUGUCUGCAUGGGGAGCAGAGAUGGGGUUACCCCUCUGAGAACUUGUCUCAUAUGAUGCAAGUACAGAGAGCAACAGCUCAGUGAAGAGCACGGACUGGGGCAGAGACCUGUGGAUCAGCCUUGGCCAAAUGAGCUCACCCUUCAGUGCCUUAGUCUUCCCAUCUGCAAAAACAGAGCAAUACUAACUUCUUUUCUCAAAUGCUUUGAGAUCGGCUCUUGGGAGAACAAGGAGCAAGAAAUCCUGGAGUUAAACACGCUUGCCUGCUAGCGGUGCAUUCCUCUGUCUAGCAAGAGGCACUCCGGAUGCCGUUUUCCAUGAGCAUUACAUCUACAUCAGAGAUUCUCAUUGCAAGCAUGCCAGCCUGAGGGGAUAGCUGCUCAUCCCUGCCCGGUAAGGUCGGCAUGGGCUUCCAUUUCUACACCUGGGUCUCUCAACUUUGGAAACACUAAGGAAAUGGUGCUCCGAAUGCAAGGAGCUCGUACAAGGCUUGGUGUGAGCAGCCUUAGCAAAGCACUGGAGCAUCCAGCUCUCUCGCAUGGAGAGAGGCCAUUUUGGUGGUACUGGGCCAGGAGGGAGGAAGGAGGGGGAAAAGGGACAGGUAAAAUUACACAGGGGAGUGAGAUAAGGAGGGAGAGACACCGCAGUUGACUCAACUAAGUGCAGAGCCCCAGAUCUCAAAAACAGGCAGUUCCACCAGAUUACCAGCAACUUGAUGAACUCAAGCCUAUCAGGUAAAAGGAUAGCCCAGGGAAGACUUGUUAAAAGUCUUGAAAAAUCCAGGAAAAUGCCCCAAAUUAAGAUCCUAUGAAGUACUUCAGCUUCCACUUCCCUCCCGAGCAGGAGCCCAAGGCAUUGAAUGCUCGCUUGUGGGCUCACCUCAUGUCUAUCAGUCUCACGAGUCCAAAGUUAAGGUGCUUUAUGUACUUCCAGGAUUGGAGCCCAAGACUUUACAGUUAACUUGAGAUCAGCUUUAAAGUUCAAGCUAAGUUAGAAAUAAACUGUGUUUAUUCAAGUAUUCUAUCAUAAUAUAGCAUGGAGUAAAUAUACGGAAAAUCAGACAACAGCAAUUGUUUUGCAGCAGACAUUUCUACAGACUCUGUUAUUACUUUUAGUAUAUUUUUGUAUUGUAUAUUUUAUGCUCUGGAAAAGGAACAUGGCUGGGAGUACACUGCCAACGUUACAAACUGUUUCCUUACCAUGACCUGUUCCAAAGAGUGCCUUGCCUGCCAGAUGGCCAGACUUAGGGUUUUUUAAAUUUCAGUUCAAAGUAAUCAUUCUUACUGUCUUUUGUAAACUGCCACUGUUCCAAUGGAUUUGCAUCACUUGACUGUGUGUGAAUAAAGAUAUGGCCAACAGGAAGAAGCCAGGAAAAUAUGACAAUAAAGUGUGUUGUUAUUUAACAAGAGUCUU